GUUCUACUGUUACACAAUAUAAAAAUCAAAUUCUAUUUGCUGAUUGCCGGAAAUAUCGUGAAUCUAAAUGUCUUUUUUGUCAAUGUACGAAUAUAAAAUAGGUCUUUUCCAACACACGAUCCAACACAAUCAAUGUAAACAAUAUACUUUAGCUAUCAAAAAACAAUUUUGUCUGUGAUCAAACGUUGGUUUUUAAGUAUUCUAUCCAGCUUGCAUUAAAAAAAUCCUACUGUAUACAAACGUCUAAUUUGACGCGGGACUCCAGUUUGACUGUGAGCUUAUAAAUAUACAGUAUUUUUAAUUCCAUCUUCUAGAAUGGCAAAGAAAUCAGAAAAGUCCGAAAGCACAAUGCAAGGAAAUAACGGUAAGAAGCGAAAAGACAAAAAAGAAUCAUUUGGGCUUCACCUAGACCUACUUAUGGACUCCAUGGAAGAGACCAGGUUCAAGAAGAAAUAUUCCGACCUCAUGGAAAGGCUUGUUCGAGAGACCCACUUCAACGAUAUAGAAAUCGAGAGUUUGUUGAUCAUGUAUUACAAACUGGCGAAGGAGAACAUGAAAACCGAGAAAUAUAAGGAAAAAGCUGUGACUAAAGAGCAAUUCAGAGAUUUCCUACAUAGCGCCUUAGAUAUGACUGACGAUACUCUAAUGGAUAGAAUAUUUGUUUCUUUAGAUAGAAUGCCAGGAUCCACCAUAACAAUGGAAACUUAUAUACAGGCGUUGUCUUUACUGUUGAGAGGAACAUUGGAUGAGAAGAUCAACUUCUGUUUCCGUGUCUACGAUACAAUGGGAGAUGGAAUGUUGGGUAGAGAGGCCAUGUUUUACUUGCUAAGAAACUCGCUUGUCAGUAUUAGUGGGGAAGAUGACGCAGAAGAAUCUGUUAAAGUGAGCUUUUCGCUCUCUAUGUAAUACAACAAAGCUGAAAUAACAUUCUUUUUUGUUAGGACAUGAUUGAAGUUAUAACAAAAAAGCUCGACAUUGACAGAGAUGGAAAAAUAUCAUUCCAGGAUUACAAACAAUCGGUACAGAAACAGCCUAUGCUGCUAGAAGUAUUUGGACAAUGCCUACCUUCUAGGGGAGCAAUUUAUACAUUCUCCACGACAUUCUGUUCAAACCCAGCGCUCAAAAUGUAAUUUUUAUUUUGUAAUAUAUAGUGUCUUUACCGUA